GUAAUUUCGUGUGAUCGUCACCCCGCAACGAACUCUUCAUUAACGCGUCGAAAAGAAAAGCUGGAGAAUUACCAAAACCCCACCUUCUCGCGAGAAAAAGAAAUAGCAAUAGGGACAGCGAGCAACGUCGACUCGCCAACCGGCGAUCUCUCCAACCACCACCGCCAUUGCCCACUGCCACCGCACGCUUACCUCACUCUUCCAACAAAGAGGUAGAGCGAGAGAGAGAACAGAACAGAAAUCUUCUUCGACCCACCACACAAACGUUAUUUCCUUACGCCAAAGUACCCACAACCUAAAAACACUUCCGCCCACCUAAAUCUUCCCUGGAAAAGCAAUCUUUCCCCCUUUUCCCCCACUUGUUCUGGACUCCUCUGAAUUCCGCCUCUCUUAACUUCUUCUCCCUUUCAAGCCACUUCUUGGGUUCCCCGUCAAUUCUAUAUACUGCAGCUGCUCCAAUUCCGCAAUUCCCAGUUCUCGAAACUCUGUCUUCGUGCUCUGCAAUUGAAGUACAAAGAGGGGGAUUUUCGGGGGAGGAAAUAUGCCGGCGGAGGAUCUGGAGCGAGGGAGGAAGAACGGCGGAGGAGGAGGGAAUAGUACCAGCUUGGCUCCUUACUAUGUCGAUACUUCCGAGAAGCAUUGGACUUCAUGGCUGGUCCCCAUGUUUGUGUUUGCAAACGUCGCUGUGUUCAUUGUGGCCAUGUAUGUCAACAAUUGUCCUCGCAACAAUGUCGGGUUUGAAGGGAAGUGUGUAGCUAGGUUCCUUGGGAGGUUAUCGUUUCAGCCUUUGAGGGAGAAUCCUCUUUUUGGGCCAUCAUCUUCUACACUGGAAAAAAUGGGAGCCUUGGAAUGGGAUAGAGUAGUGCAUAAGCAUCAAGGAUGGAGACUUGUUACUUGCAUGUGGUUGCAUGCUGGAGUCAUUCAUCUUCUUGCGAAUAUGUUGAGCUUGAUCUUUAUCGGCAUUCGACUUGAGCAGCAAUUCGGAUUCGUGCGUGUUGGAAUAAUCUACCUGUUGGCGGGACUCGGUGGGAGCAUAUUGUCUGCAUUAUUCAUUCAGAAGAACAUCUCAGUUGGUGCUUCUGGUGCUCUGUUUGGACUGCUGGGAGCCAUGUUAUCCGAGCUGCUUACCAACUGGACUAUCUACAGUAAUAAGAUUGCUGCUCUGCUCACACUACUGGUCAUCAUCGUCAUCAACUUAGCAGUGGGUAUACUUCCACACGUAGACAACUUUGCCCACAUCGGGGGCUUCCUGGCUGGUUUCCUCCUUGGCUUUGUGUUUCUGAUCCGCCCACAGUUCGGCUGGGUUGAAAGCCGACACCUCCCACCUGGCGCCCGUGUUAAAUCCAAGCACAAGGCUUACCAAUAUGUGUUCUGGCUGAUCUCCGCAGUGCUCCUUAUUGUUGGUUUCGUUGUUGGGUUGGUGAUGCUGUUCAAAGGAGAGAAUGGAAACGAUCGCUGCAGCUGGUGUCAUUACCUGAGCUGUGUGCCGACUUCGCGAUGGGACUGUCAGCACUGAGAGUAUCUCAGUUCUUGUUCCCGUGUCUCUCAGUAUCACAGUCUAUCUAAAUCUUUCUCCCCAGUCUUCAAUUCUUUUGUUUUAUUCCUUGCCCACUUUGUUGCUUCCAUCUUGGUUUACCGUUUUUAUGUACAUGCGUUAUGCAUAUAGUUUUUUUCAGUGAACAUAUAAGCAGCGAAGUAUCGUGUACAGACAGGCUUUCUACGGGAAAUUUCUUUCCAGUUUCGUUAGUUCAGAUAGCUGACAGAGG